UUUAAGCUUAACAUAAUUCUAAGUGUUUCACACGGUUGCUCGAGCAGCAUCCUCUCACCAAGGCAACACCAAAUCAAAGGCUGUUUCACAGUCGACAUUCCUUUGAAAACACUCCCACCGUAUAUCGUACAAGCCGAAUAUUGCUUCUGCUCAACGGAUCAAUGCAAUCAGCUCGGUGAUGCUCUGUUCGAAGAUGUGCCCAUUCCGUUGGCCAAGCAGAAAUCCAGAAGUACCGUACGAGGCACCCAAAUCAUUCCGGUUGUAGCCAACGCAGCAGCGGCGGCGACAUUUUGGGCAAAUUCCUGCCCAAAUUGGGUAUCCAGGUCGACUCUGUUGGGUGGUUUCCCAACAGUCUCCAUUCCCGUCUUGCACAUAAAUUUGUCAGCAUUACUAUUAUUAACUAGCCUCCUUAUUGUCAGUCAUUCGUGA